CAGUCUGCUCUGGGGCUCUUUAAAUCGACAGGAAGUGAGAGUUGCAGCCUUACAGAUUAUAGUGUUGUUCGGAGUAGCGGCUGUUAUAUGGAUUUUCCGACAUCAGGGUGUAAAGGUCUUUAAGAAAAGUACCCCAUGCCGUUACUGUCCACUCGUCUGUGAGCAGAGCGUGUUAUCUGUGGAUGUCAGUAUGAAUGGUAAGGCUGGGACUGGAGCAGCGGGCGGUGUGCUGGCCUGUAUCGAGGGUCUUCCGCCGCUGCCCAAGAGCCUGAGCGGACUGCUCAACUCCAGCGGCGGCUCGUGGAGAGAGAUGGAGAGGAUGUACGUGAAGAAGACCAUGAUUCAGGACGACUUGAGUCGAGGAAGGAAUAAUACGGACAAUCUGCUGGCGAACAAACCAGCAAACCUGGAUGCCGCCCUUGCUUUGCUCAGAAAAGAGAUGGUGGGUCUGCGGCAGCAGGACAUGUCCCUGCUCUGUCAGCUCUGGUCCCUUCACGAGUCCAUCCAGGAGUACAAGGGCAGCUGUCAGGACCUCUCCGCUGUGUCCAGUGCGGAUGGACCCUACGGGAUGGAGAACGGUUAUUUCGAUGAAGAUGAGGAAUAUUAUACCGACUCCGGUACGACGCCAGCCGAGACGCCUGAUGGAAACGACACCUCUCCUAAAAACGGGACAUCCAAAGACGGCUGGAUGCAUGAAUCGUUCCAAAUCACAAUCUAAAACACUUGACUUCUUUUCUUCAAUGAAAACAAGCUGUGCCAUAAUUUAGUUUGCUGGCAUUGUUUAGUUUUACAGCAGACUCUUUCUAUAGUAAAUAUAAUUGACAAUUAUUAUUUAUUGUGUAAUAUGAUCCAUACAGUAGUAUUUUUCCCCUCUGAAUUAAUCAGCAUUGGAAAUGUUAUAAGAUUUUUUUAAUAAGGGGAGAAUCAUAUCAUUUCAUAAUGAUGUUUACACUAAAUCAUGUUAAACUUGUGUUGAUGAAUUUAUAGCAUUGGUUUGAUACUAAAAAGUCUUAUUUCUCUUUGAGCAAUUGCUCACUGGGUGCUUUCAGUUUUGUUUUUACUGAAAAUAUGAAUCCUGAAUAUGCUGGAAAUGCUGCCUAUUCUUUGCUGAAAUGUAAUCCAGGGUAUAACCAGCACAACGAGCUUGAAACAGCAUCACCAAAACAAGACGCAAUGUCCCAGUUUACUCAUUGCAUUAUGUAUUGUGUAAUUUAGUAUGAACAUGCUAUCUAGAAGUAAAUCGAUAUCCAGCUCCAUAGCAUUUCCCUCUCACCUUAUGCAAACCUAUUCUAGAUCAUGUAUUGUAGAGGUUUUAUUUAUUUACUUACAGUAUAAUUGCUGCUUGAAUUCAGUCUUCCAUUGUGCAUAUCAUGGGAGUAUUAUCAUGUCUGUUUUUACUCAAAUGUCAAGGUUUCCUGUAUUCAUAAUGUGAGAUAAUAAACGUUGUUUUUGCAAGUACAAAUGGCCAUCAAAUCCACUAAAAAGUUUCAGUGUUUAUCAUAGCAUGCCAUAAUGUAAGCAUUUAUUACAUAUUUUCUUGAUGUGUUGGUGAACUGAAUGCCUGGAUUUCAAAAUGUGCACCAUUAUGGAUCGUCUAAUACUGUUUCUACUACACAAAUAUUAAUAUCCGCAGAGAGAGAAUCUCUUCUACCUCUUGUGUGUUUGACGUCUGAAAACUGUUUUCUCACACUAGCAGAUACAAACAAGUGGAUCUUUUUUUUUUUUUUUUAUUCCCAGUAUUUAUAUAAGUCCUGAUUCGAUUUUAACGCUCUUUUACAAUGAAUAACUUUCAUAUUUGGUUCGAUUCUGAGUGCAAAACUGAAAAAAGAUCUUGUUAUGCAAUCUGCAAGGCUUUAGGUGCAUUGACUAAAAUCAGCACUGAACUUCACCCAUUGUGCCUUGACACACCUCAGCUUUGAAUCCAUGUUUUUUUUUCCAUCUCUGGCCCGUGCAUUCAUUUAGUCCCUCUUAAUAACAGGAGAAAGUUCCACCCAGAAAAUGUGUCCUGAUGAUCUACUACCCUGCAGUCAUUUAUUGCUAUGAUCAUGCAUGGAAAUUCCCACUCGAAUUUUGUAACUGUUUUGCAUACAAAGAUGUUAAAUGAUCUGGUUUAGAUGCCGUUUGUGUGCUCGACUUGUUUUUGGUCAGUCUGUUCUUGAAUGUUUUUCAAAAUUGUCAAAUGUGUUUAUGUGCGAUUUGACCUGAUAAUUGAUACAGGAAUCAUUAUUUUGUUUGUUUUCUCUUGUGUGUGUCAGUGAUGCAUAAUAAAAAUAAUGUAUGGUC